CAUUGAUGUGUUGUUUGCAUAACAUUACUAUAGUUUUUGAUUGUAUUAUUAACUUUUAAUUACAAUCAUUUGAAAUGUUGUUAAAUAGUUUACAAUUAUUUAGUAAAUCAUUGAAUCAAACAAAUAAUUACAAAAAUCAAUUGAUAAGAUUUUUAUCAAAUAAGCCAAAGUUUGCCAUAACUAUCAACGAUGACAUUGACAACCAAUUUGAAGCCGGCCUUAAAUAUCGUAAACAUGUUGGCCGUAGACGUGUACCGAUUGUGUCGCUACCGAUCCGAUUGGAGGCCGCGGCCAACACAGUCAUUGAAAAGUAUAACAGUCAACAAUUCAGAGAAGAUGUAAAGACAAUGUUUAGAGUGAUUAUGGAUCACAAGAUGCCGGCGGAACCAAAUGAAAUGAUGGCAAAGAAAAAAGAGAUUAGAGUUAGACUUAUGGACAAAGAAGCUAUUGAUUUGAAAAGUAUGUCACCUGAAGAAAGACACGAAGUUUUGCAGAGAAUUGAUAUAAAGGUUGAGAAAAGGCUAAAGGAUUCACUUCUUAAUCAUUUACCCAUAGAAUAUAAUGAGUGGAAGGCAGCAGUUUAUUUGGCCGCCCGAUUGCCACCAAAUUUUGCAUCAAUUUACUCUGUUUUUAAAGAAAUUAGGGCUGAAAUUCCUGAUUUUGUUCCCAAAACUUUAUUUGAUUUCGGGUCAGGAAUCGGGACAACGCUUUGGGCGGCAAAUGAGUUGUGGCCAAAGGGUUUUGAUGAAUACUUUUGUGUUGACAUUAAUGCAAAUAUGAAUGAACUUUCAAGACUUUUAAUACAAGGCGGCAAUGAAAAUAAGAAAAUGAUUUUUGAUCCGGUCUUUUAUCGACAAUAUUUACCCGUUUCUCACAAUAUUAAAUAUGAUUUAGUUGUUUCUGCGUUUUCAUUACUUGAUAUCCCUGACGCUAAAAAUAGGAUUCAUGUAAUUGAAAACUUAUGGCAUAAAACUCAAGAUGUAUUAGUGAUUGUAGAACACGGCAAUCGGUCCGGUUUUGCAGCCGUUCUCGAGGCCCGAAACCUUAUCUUACAAUUAUCCGGACAUAAAAUCACAGCAAACUUUAAUUAUAAUCCAAAUAAUUCUCAAUUAUCAACUGUUAGUCAAUCAACUGAUGCUACUAUUAUAUCACCGUGUCCUCACGACCUGACGUGUCCGCGACAGUUCACUGAUGGUCCAGUUCUUUGUAAUUUUGAAAUUACUUACAAUCCAUUACGUUAUGGACAACAAAAAGCUCUGACGGGAAGAGAAAGGUAUUCAUAUGUUGUCAUUCGUAAGACAAAAGAACAAACAGCGACAAAGAGUUGGCCCCGUAUUGUUCAACCCGUACUCACUGGUCAUCACAGAGCCAUUUGUCGGAUGUGUUGCAGUGACGGACAAAUUAGAGAAGUGAUUGCCACCAAAUCAAACCAUCCGAAACACGCUUAUAAAUGCGCCAAACAAAGUGAUUGGGGCGAUAAGCUACCAGGGUUGAUUUAUGAAACACAAAAUAACCAAAAUCAAGAUUAA